UGCAGAGAGAGUCACAAGUAAAAUUUAGAAUAAACAACCACUUAGCUCCUUUUUAAGUCUUCGUAGAAUCAAGUCAUCAUGAAGUCUCUGGCGAUUUUAUUUUUGAUGGUGGCCAGUAUUUCGGCAGCCAACAUUGAAUCAUCUAAAAUUCAACCCAGCACCAUUCCCAGCAAGUUUUUUCCUAUUGUGAAUCCUUUUAAUCUCUUCCCUGCUUCGUCUACUAAGACAACUACGUCCACUAGCACAAAAACGUUAACUGUGACCAAACUCGCUUUUACCACGGUCCACAAGACGAUCACCAUCACCAAAACUUUACCCGGAUCCACGACCAUUAUUACUUCUACAACCCGUCCUGUGGUCACAACAACUAGCACAAAAACGAUUCCUACCACUUUGACUGUUACAUCUACAACCCGACCGAAGACUACAGUUACUGAAACAAUCACUAGUUUUUCGACGACAACAUUCACAACUACGAUGGUGAUUCCUACAACAACAACAAUUACAGUCGAUCCCACAGCCAUUACUUCGGUAGAACCCACGGUGGAUCCUAUUACUGAUCCUAAUAUUACAGAUGCGCCAACGGAUGUUCCAACGGACAUACCUACGGACAUUCCCCCUGUUCAACCAUCGAUGUGAAUGCAAUUUAUGGUCACCGAUUCCUACUAUUAGUCGUGUUUUUAUUAUUUUCUACAUUUUGGGGUUUUAACGGUACCACAUAACAUUUUCAAUUAAGUCAUUUUGCCUUGACGAUGUUUCACUGGAAAUUUUUGGGUGGUUGGUAAUAAACAUUAUAUUCUAUUCGA